AUGAGCACUUCCAAAAAAUCCAUUCUGAAAUGUAAAUUAGAUACUUAUAUUAAAGACCUUAGAUCAAUUGAUUUGUUCGGGUAGAACAUCCUUCUCAAUUUAAAUGGGGAAGAUCAAUAUAAAACAGGAUGUGGAGGUAUGAUGACUCUAGUUAUAUUGGCAAUCGUUGUGUUAUUCUUUUAAUCCAACAUAAAAGAUUUUGUUGACAAAGUGAACAUUCAAAGUGAGAGUAACCAAGUCUUUGAAGAUCAGCCAGAUUCAAUAUAUUUAAACGACACCAACUUCAUGUUUGCAGUAGCUAUCGAAUAACCAAAUUUCAAUUCCAAUCCAUUUUUCAAUAUCACUCUGUCAGCCAGAUAAUACGAACGAUUGGGGAAUGGCUCACUCUCUAAGACUGAAGCCUUAAUCGAUCUUGUUCCUUGCACUAUCUAGAGAUUCCAACAGGUCUUCAGUUCAUAUGGCUAAAAUUUUACUCAACAAUACAAUGAGAUCGGUUUAGACACCUGGUUAUGUCCGCAAAUGAAUUACUAAAUUACUUUAAAUGGGAGGUAUACGAAUAAAUUUUUUAAUUUCCUGAAAAUAACUGUUACUCAAUGCAGCAACCAAUCUCAGACAAAUUCUUUCUAUUCUUGGUAACCUGCUUGUGCAUCAACUGAAGAGGUUUAACAUUGGCUAUUGCAAUAGAGACAGUAUAGAAUUAAAGUGUAUUAACUCAAACAUAACUAUAGAUACAUCACGAAUUAAAUGGUAAGUCCAUCGAAGGGCGAUGAUUAUGUUUAAUCCUUUUUGGACGACGAAUUGUUUUUCUCUUUUGUUCCCCAAAUGAUCGGUAAGGAGGCUGACGUGUUUUUUACUAAAUAUAGUAUGAAAACGGAUAAUAACUUAUUACCAACUGAAAGUGCCUUUGAUACAAAAGAGUUAUUCGCCAAAUAGUCUGGAGAUUAUAGAGAUUAAAACAAUUAUGCAAGUGAUACAUUUGCAUAAGUCUAUUUCAGAAGAUCCCCAUACACUACCUACAUAUAAAGGUCAUAUCAAAAAUUGGACAAGCUCCUCUCCAUUUUAGGAGGAUUCGCUAAUAUUGUCUUCGUUGUUUUGGGAUUCAUCGUAGCCAUAUAUAAUAAAUAAUUAUAUUUAAUCGAAUUGGCUAAUCAAAUAUACGACUUUAAUCCCAAAAAGGAAAAUUAAGAGAAAGCUGAACGAUAAAGAUUGGUCGAAGAUAUAACUUAACUGAAAUCUCAAAAUUUGGCUUUGAAUCGCUGUAGUCCCAUUUCAUCUCUCAACCUUGCAAAGCCAUAAAUAGAAAAGAAUCUUAGAUUAACCUUCCGAUAAACUUUCUCUUAGAAGUUCGACUACAUUUCUGGAAUUCAAACUCAAAAGGAUGACUCAUACAAAAUGGUAUUAAGCAGUCAUCGAUAGCCAGUUGGGGAUAAGGAAGUCGAAUGGUAGAGUGCAGAUGCCAUAGAUGUCUAAAAUAAUUACUUGCUAAAUGCAUCUGAUAUGGUUAAGGAGGAUCAGGAGGAUCAAAGAGCCUCUAAAGUUAAGAUCGACAUGUCAAAGAAAAAGUCAUUCAAACAAAUUCAAUAAAGCAUAGUCAGUAAGUUGGGUCAUCGCAAUCGGAAGGAGUUCCUGACUAAGCAAAUUUAAGCUAUGCUUGACCGUAGUAGACCUAUUGUCUUUACUUUUAAAUUCUUAUUACAAUAGUUAUUCUGUGGCAAGUUCUUUCAGGAUCACAACUCAAUUCUUUUAAAUAAGGCUAUCAAAAAGAUAAAUUAAGAUAUUGACAUCUGUGUGUUGAUUGAUAAAGUCAAGGAAAUCGAAUUGAUUAAAGAGUUACUAUUAAACAAGGAUCAGAAGAUUUUGUUUAAUUUUGCUCCCAAAGAGGUAAUCUCUAUUGAAAAUGAGCGUUCACUCCCUGGAAGAAGAGAGAAUAAACGAGCCUAUACGAAGACACUCGGAGUUCAAUUUGGAGAUGUGGCCAAAAUGAUGUUGGACAAAAAGUUUAAAAAAGGUUAGUUUGUCACUCCAGGAAUGCGAAUCUAUUAUAAACUCUAUUCAGCUUAUGAGAGAGUCGCAUUAUCAGAAGAAAGAAACAAUCCCUUUAACAAAGUUCUGAUUGAGAAACUUGGGUAAGAAGUCAAGGAAGUAUUUGACAUCUCCAAUUACAUUCAAGGAGAUUAAAAUGCUAAAGUAAUUGAAAAACUGAAAAAGAAGAAAACCAAUUAUUAUGAUGAAGAAUAACCAAUUGGAAUAAUAAGUAUGGAACAAAAAGAUUAGAAGUAAUCUAUGAUUAAAUGA